GGGCGGCGCUGCCCUUACAUAAGGAGUGACGCCAAGGGGCGGCCCGUGACGUCACGGCCGUGACGCAGCCCGGGGGCGGCGGGAGGCGCCCGGCCCGCCCCGCGCCGCCGGGGCCGGGGCUGGAGCUCGGGGGCUCCGCCGCCCCCUGCCGCCCCCCGCCGCGCCAUGGAGCUGGAGAACAUCGUGGCCAACACCGUGCUGCUGAAGGCCCGCGAAGGUGGUGGCAGCAAGCGGAAAGGCCGGAGCAAGAAGUGGAGGGAGAUCCUGCGGUUCCCGCACAUCAGCCAGUGCAACGAGCUGCGGCGAGGCCUGGAGCCGGACUACGGCAGCCUGUGCGAGAAGCAGCCCAUCGGGCGGCUGCUCUUCCGACAGUUCUGCGAGACGCGGCCGGAGCUCCUGCGCUGCAUUCGCUUCCUGGACGCUGCGGCGGACUACGAGCUGGCCCCGGAUGAGAAGCGCAAGGAGAUGGGCGAGGAGAUCAUCCGCAGGUUCCUGCGGCAGGAGUCCCCCGAUUACCUGCCUGAGAUCAGCCAGGCCCACGUCAGCCAGUGCCUGGAGGAGCUGCAGAAAAGCCCCUGCAAAGAGCUCUUCAGCAGCUGCCUGCACCCCCUGCGCGAGUACCUGAGCAGGGCGCCCUUCACCGACUACCUGGACAGCAUGUACUUCGACCGCUUCCUGCAGUGGAAGUACCUGGAGAGGCAGUCGGUCACCAAGGACACGUUUCGGCAGUACAGGAUCCUGGGCAAGGGCGGCUUCGGAGAGGUGUGCGCCUGCCAGGUGCGCGCCACGGGGAAGAUGUACGCCUGCAAGAAGCUGGAGAAGAAGCGGAUCAAGAAGCGGAAGGGGGAGGCGAUGGCCCUGAACGAGAAGCAGAUCCUGGAGAAGGUCAACAGCCGCUUCGUGGUGAGCCUGGCGUACGCCUACGAGACCAAGGACGCGCUGUGCCUGGUGCUGACCAUCAUGAACGGCGGCGACCUCAAGUUCCACAUCUACAACAUGGGCAACCCCGGCUUCGAGGACGAGCGCGUGGUCUUCUACGCGGCCGAGAUCUGCUGCGGCCUCCAGCACCUGCACCAGGAGGGCAUCGUGUACAGGGACCUGAAGCCAGAGAACAUCCUGCUGGAUGACGAUGGCCACAUCAGGAUCUCCGACCUGGGGCUGGCCAUCAAGAUCCCCGAGGGCGAGACGAUCCGGGGCCGCGUGGGCACCGUGGGCUACAUGGCCCCCGAGGUGAUCAACAACGAGCGCUACACCUUCAGCCCCGACUGGUGGGGCCUGGGCUGCCUGGUGUACGAGAUGAUCGCGGGGCAGUCGCCCUUCCGCGCCCGCAAGGAGCGGGUGAAGCGGGAGGAGGUGGAGAAGCGGGUGCAGGAGGAGCAGGAGCACUACUCAGACAAGUUCAGCGAGGAUGCCCGGGCCAUCUGCACGCUGCUCCUGGCCAAGGACCCCCAGCAGCGGCUGGGCUGCGGGGCGGAUGGGGCCGCCGAGGUGAAGCGCCAUCCCUUCUUCAGGACCAUCAACUUCAAGCGCCUGGAGGCCGGCAUCACGAAGCCCUCGUUCGUGCCAGAUCCCCGGGCCGUGUAUUGCAAGGACGUGCUGGACAUUGAGCAGUUCUCCACCGUGAAAGGCGUCAACCUGGACCAAGCCGACAACGAUUUCUACGCCAAGUUUGCCACCGGCAGCGUCUCCAUCCCCUGGCAGAACGAGAUGAUCGAGACCGAGUGCUUCAAGGACCUCAACGUCUUCGGACCCAACGGGACCCGCUCCCCAGACCUGGACUGGAAGCAGCUGCCCGAGCCCCCCAAGCGCAGCCUUCUUCAGCGCCUCUUCCGCCGCCACCCGGCCGACUACACCAUCGCUGCCAACGUGCCGUCCCCGCAGCCGGCAGCCACGAACUCGCACCUUCCCACGGCCGGCGCCGCCUGCCAAGCCCGGAGCACGGCACCGGCACCGUCCUGACCCUGCUCCUCCAUCCCCGGGGAGCCGGGGGAGCCCCGAGCCCCCUCCUCGCCGUCUCAGGGCCACCUCGCACUGCAGUGGGUGCUGCCGGGGCUGGGGUCUCGUGGAGGCGAGGUGGGACAGAGGCCGGCAGGGGCUGGUGUGCGCGGUGGCGGAGGGGC